CAGUCUGCGGUGCCGCCGGAACCCGGGGCUGUCAGUGCUGGUCCUGUUGCUCGCCCCUACCCCGCGCGCCUCUCGCACUAUGGCGGUCCCGCGGCAGAUGCGAGCUCUGCUCCAAGCGGUCAACGCACUGUUGCGCAAGCGCCGCUACCACGCUGCGUUGGCCAUGCUGAAGGGCUUCCGGAACGGGGCAGUCUACGGAGCCAAAAUCCGGGGCCCUCACGCGCUGGUCAUGACCUUUCUCUUCCGGAGUGGCAGCCUCCGGGAGAAGCUGCGAGCCAUUCUGCAAGCCACGUACACCCACUCCCGGAGCCUGGCCUGCUUUGUGUUCACCUAUAAGGGCCUCUGCGCCCUGCAGGCCCACGCGCAGGGCGAGACCUACCAGGUGCACUCGUUCCUGGCCGCCUUCAUCGGGGGCUUGAUGGUGUUUGGAGGUAACAAUAACAUCAACAGCCAGAUCAACAUGUACCUGCUCUCACGAGCCCUGUUUGCCCUGUGCCGCCUGGGCGUGGAGAAGGGCUACAUUCCUGAGCCCAGGUGGGACCCAUUCCCGCUGUUCACCGGGCUGCUGUGGGGGCUGGUGCUGUGGCUCUUUGAGUACCACCAGACCACUCUACAGCCUUCCCUGCAGUCCUCCAUGACCUACCUGUACCAGGACAGCAAUGUCUGGCAUGACAUCUCAGACUUCCUCCUCUACAACAAGAGUCACCCCUCGAAGUAAUGGGGCCCCCGAGGUGCUGAUGGGGGCGUCCACAGCCGAGAUCAGCUCCAUCGGCGAAUCCCCCUAAAGGAUCCUGCCUUCUCAAGAUCAUGGUUCUCUGACUCCAACUUGUAUUGUCCCAGGGUUCCAUUUGCUGAAGCAAAAGCACUGAUUUCCAAGUCCCGUUAAGUCCUCUCCGUUGGUGGAACAAGUGGUGAAUUGGGCUCCAGGGCCUCAGUCAUGAUUCCAGCUGUGCUGCUGGCUAAUGUGAGACCAGGGAACACCCUCCCCCGCCCACCCCUGCUCUGGGCAUCAGGGGUCAGCGAGCCCAGAGGAGGGCCCUGAAGUCUCUUCCUGGUAGGUUAUGGUCUUUGACCAUUCUGUGUACCAGGACUCCUUGCCAGGGGCGGGGCGGCAGCAAAUAUGUUUUUAGAAAAAAUUGAAUUCCUGGGCUCAGGUGUUGCUCUAGUGGAGAAGCUUUAGAAUUCCACUGUCCAAUGGAAGCACAAUGUGAUUCACAUAUGUAAUUGAAAUUUGUCUUAGAAGCCACGUGAAAAAAAGUAGGAAGAAGCAGGUGAGAUUAAUCUUAAUUAAAUAUUUUAACCCAGUAUUUCUAAAAUAUUACCAUUUUAACAUACGAAAAUUAGUAUAAAAAUUAAUGAGAUAUUUUAUAUUCGUCGUUCUUAUAGUAGGUCAUCAGAAUCAGGUAUGUGGUGUAUACUUAGAGUGUGUCCCAAUGGGGACCGGCCAUAUUUCAAGUGCUCAGUAGCCGCAUAUGGCUGGUGGCUACCAUAUUGGUUAAAGAAGAUAUGGAACACUUCUAUACUUGCAGAAAAUUCUAGUGGACAGUGCAGAUACAGAGCUAGGGGACAUGGGUUUGAGUCCCCGCUCCACCACUGUAUAACCUUGGGGAAGGUUUCUUAACCUCUCGGAGCCUCAGCUUCUUAUAAAAAGAGGAUAAUCAUAAUACACAUAUUGGGUUUGUAGAAGUGUAAGAGCUGCUAUUACUACUAAUUACUUCCAUUAGUGAGCUCCUACUUCCUCCCAGGUGCUUUGCAUGUAUUAUUUUUUAACCUAUACAAUGACCUUGCAGUUGUGUAUUUUGAUCCUCAUUUCACAGAUGUGGACACAUGAUCAGAGCGGAGAAGUCACUUGCCCAGGAUAAUCAAGAUAAUACAACCAGUAUGAUAGCCAAAUCAGGGUUUGAACCCAGAGCUGUCUGAGUUCAAUACCUGUGUUGUUGUUGUUGUUUUCAGUGCCUUAUGUUAAAUUUAGAAACCUAAGCUAUGCUAUGCAAAUGUUAACUAGUUCUAGGAUGGAGUCCAGAACAUCGUGCAAACUCAAAUGCCCAGAGGGGUCUGGCAAGGGGUAUAAAUGAAAACGUUGUGCACUUGGGAGUGAUGGUAACCUGGGGAACUGGAGACUUAUGUGCCCGUCUGAUUUUUUAAAAUCGCUGGUGCUGGACAAAUCAAACCAGGUCUCCAGGAAGAUGUGGUCCAUGAGCUUCCAAUGUGAGACCCUUGGUCUAGUAGGAAUACUCCAGUCUCUUUUUAGAAAUUACUAGUAGAAAUGUGCACAUGAGUCACUGGUGAUCUUAUUAAAAUGCAGAUUCUGACUCAGUGAGUUUGGGGUGGGGCCAGAGAGUCUGCCUUUCUCACAGGCUUCCAGGUGCUGCUGUUGGUGCUGCUGGACGGAGCCGAACCUCGAGUAACAACCUCGAGUAGUAGGGACGGAACCGAACCUCGAGUAGUAGGGAAUCAUGCGCAGCCAGCCCAAAGGAGGAAGCCGAGUCACAGAGCUGUUAAGUAAUCGUGGUGGGAUUAGGCCUGCAGUGCUCUCAGUCCUGACGUACUACACACUUGGAGAAGGUGAUCUGAGAAGGUCCCGCAUUCCCUGUGUGGAGGCUGAAUGAGAUCCCGAGGUCAGGAGAGGAAGGGGGAGGCCAUCAGCAAGCAGAUGCUGGGGGGCCCCGCCCAGUCCCCUCCAACUUCGCACUUCACCGCACACCAGCCAACUCUUCCAACUGCCACCGCUGUGUCUUUCUGCCUGAGGCUCUCAUUUGCCACUGGCACCUGCUCUGCCACCCACAGCAGGUCUGGAGGAUUAACACGGUCGAUCACUCUCCAAGGUGGACACUCCACUCCACAGUGGCUCCCAGAGAUCCCCGGCCGGACUGAACUCUGGCUGCCCACAAUGAUCACUUGCUUGAUAACUGCCCGCACCCCCGCCUUUCCCUGUCUUCUCCAUCCCUAACAUAGGAUCACUUCCCAGAGGAACCACUUGCACUGAAAUCCUUGUCUCGGGCUCUGCUGUUGAGGAAACCGAAACUAAAGCUGGCCUCUGGUGCAGCAAGCUGAAAGCCAGUGGAGGUUUGGACAGAGAAUUCGGAGGAAGAGUGCCGGGGCUUGGCCCUGUUUGCUUGGGCAAGGGACUUCACUGUUCUGUACCUCUGUUUCUUCAUCUGUAAGAGAGGCGUGCUAAUUUCAGUCGCCUCACAGCACGAUCUGGAGGAUUAAACAACAUGAUGAGUCUAAAGGAA